AAGACCAUGGAAGGCGACUGUCUGAGCUGCAUGAAGUAUCUGAUGUUUGUUUUCAAUUUCUUCAUAUUUCUGGGUGGGGCCUGCCUGCUGGGUGUCGGCAUCUGGGUCAUGGUGGACCCCACUGGCUUCCGGGAGAUCGUGGCAGCCAACCCGCUACUCAUCACAGGCGCCUACAUCCUCCUGGCCAUGGGGGGCCUGCUUUUUCUGCUCGGCUUCCUGGGCUGCUGCGGGGCCGUCCGCGAGAAUAAGUGUCUGCUGCUGUUU